AUUUCCCUGUAUUGGGCUGUUGUAUAUUAUUUAUAUAUAUUAAGAAAGUUUGAGAAUUCAUUUGUAGCACGAUUCAUCAAUCAUUGCAUUUAAAAAGUUGUGAACAAAAAUCCGAAGGGAACAAGUUAUCGUGAUAAAGAUACAGUUAUUGCGAUUAAUGAUGUAACGGAUCUAUAAAAUUAUUUACUUGCAUAAUAUUUAUUACCUGCAGUCAUCGAAAUCAUGAGCGUUGAAUAAAAAAUAAGAAUACAUCACAUGAAAUGCUUGACGAGUAUCAUAAGACAACAUUCGUUCGAUCACGAAAGUCUUCGUGCACUCCAGAAACAUUAUUUUGAACAUAAUUCACAUUAUUGUACAUUAACUCUGAAUAAUAUAAUAUUUAUUCAUUAACAUGUAAAAAUGUCGUAGAACAUUUAUCUCACGUGUUAAUAAAACAUAGUAUUAUACAAAGUUGAUGUCUAUUUUCUUCAAAUGUUGCGGAAUAUACGAAGACUUUCAUGAUCAACUACAUAUGCUUAGCUUGUCAUUAAUGACCUUUAAAUUCAGAUUCAAAUUUUAUACUUUUAUUUAUAACUUUUUAAUCAAGUAGACAAUUUAAGUUGAUAGAUAUACAAUUCUCUUCUUGCCAAACCAUAAAAUAUACGAAAAGAAUUUGUUUUAAAUCUGGAAUGCCUUGCAUAAAAUGUCUUCUGUAUAAGAGAGAGUGUGUGCCUCGUUGAACGAAGCAUGCAACACAUUUUCAAUAUGUAGAAGCUUUUAGAGACAAGCGUUGGUGUCAGUGUCGAUCAAGAAACACUGUGGAGUAUAUAAUAUUAAUGAAUUUUGCCAAUCAUUGUGAUAACCGAUGAACGAUAUUCGGCAAAUGAGUUUAAAAGCUGCCGUAACAUUCGCUAAUUAGCUUCCAAUAAGGUGAAAACAACUAUGAGGGAAGUUGAGAACAAUCUUUGUUCAAUGUUCAUUUGCAAAUGUGAGAGGGUGCAACCGACUUUGGCAGUAUUUAGGCAUAAUUAAUUGUGUACAUUGUUUCUGUUUAGGGAAUACGAAUAAUUAACUGAUUUAAUUCGCGCAUAAAGAUGAUAUAUAUAUAUAACAAAUAUAAUAUAUUCGUUCUGCUCUUCGUCCAUACUACCGUGUACGAUCGCGCCUACUUUUCUCGGAACUCGCGGAAGUCUUACUAGAGAUCGUCAACGAAGCGGGAUCUCAAGGCGAUUUUUGUGUACAUAAUACCGCGAGAUGUUUAUAUAGUGUAUUUGCGUAGAUUUUUAAUUUAAUGUUUAAAUAAAUGCGAUUCAGAUAGCACAGUUUAAAUCUUUCAUCGAUCGCCGCAACUUUAUUUUUCUGUCGAUAUUCUUUCUGUACUGUUACCAAAGACGGGGAACGAUUUAAUUAUACUCUUCGUAUGAAUUUUGUUUCUGCUAAGAGAUGGUCGAAAAGUUGCGCUUAAAUACGCUUAGCCGAGAUUGAGAAACAUGCAAAACGCACGAACACUUUAGAAAAAACAUUUUCAGAUUGCAAAUUAUCAAUUGAUUUUUUAUCGACUUCACAGAUUGAAUAUCUUUUUCCAAGAAACUUAUGAAGCAUUCCAAAGUUCCUUCGAAACUAGAAAGUGUCCCUUUGUGUUUCGGUACUUUAAAUGAUUAUGUAACAAUUUGGUAUGCUUAAUAUUCCGGUGAGACAUAAAAACCAUCACAAUUUUGUUUCGAAAUGAUGUCUGAUCCGAGUUUAAAAGUGUUUGUCGAAACAGGAUGUUUCUAGAUCUGUGCGGUUUUUUAGAUCGAUGUGUAGUGAUACGAACACAGUGUGGAACAACGCAUGAACUUUAAGACUCCAAGAGAACCGUCAUGAUAAAAUCAGCUUUGUCAAUUUCCUAACAGCGGUUGCAAUAGGAACGAAAAACGAGAAAUUAAGUAAACUAUAGAAACGAACGCAUCGUCAUCAGGGUGGAUCAAAGCGAUAGAAGGCACGCGAGGAUCAGCGCCGAAGAAUGACGAAGAACGGCUCAGGCCUUGUUCUGUUCGUUCGGGCGAUAUCGUUGCGUCGGACUUUCAUACGUAAUACCGUUCCGAUUCGCGUUCACCACUGGAGGGCCGGUCGGGAUGAUAAAAGUCCGUUGUUGUUGAAACUGAUCAGUCGUUGUCCUGAACGUGACACGCAAAGCAGUGUGCCGCUCACGAGCAAGAAUUUAACUGCGCUGGCUUUCCAACGACUAUCGUUUAGAAGAUAUUGUUGCAAAAAGGAAGAUACAACAGAGGGCAACAUGUCUGGAAUGAAACGGGAACCUACUGCCGAACAGUUGACCCAAUACAAGAAGCAUGUGAAGGGCCAACAACCAGUAUUAUUAACAGGAAAUGGGGCACCCAUCGCCAAUAAGACAGCCUCCCUGACAGUGGGACCGCGUGGUCCUUUGUUGAUUCAAGAUUUCGUCUUUCUCGACGAAAUGUCUCAUUUCACCAGGGAGAGGAUUCCAGAACGUGUAGUUCAUGCUAAAGGAGCUGGUGCCUUCGGGUAUUUCGAAGUUACCCAUGAUAUUACGAGGUACACCAAGGCAAAGGUUUUCUCCUCGAUCGGGAAACGAACUCCCAUCGCCGUGAGAUUCUCCACCGUAGGCGGCGAAUCCGGCUCGGCUGAUACAGUAAGGGAUCCUCGUGGAUUUGCGGUUAAAUUUUACACCGAGGAAGGUAUUUGGGACUUAGUGGGCAACAACACACCAAUUUUCUUCAUUAAGGAUGCGUUGUUUUUCCCCAGCUUCAUUCAUACGCAAAAAAGAAAUCCUGUCACCCAUCUGAAGGAUGCGGACAUGUUCUGGGACUUUCUUUCUCUAAGAACGGAGUCGACGCAUCAAGUCAUGAUCCUGUUUAGCGAUCGUGGCAUUCCCGAUGGUCAUCGUCACAUGAACGGUUAUGGUUCCCAUACAUUUAAGCUCGUGAACGCCAAGGACGAAGAAUUCUAUUGUAAAUUCCACUACAAGACCGAUCAAGGGAUUAAAAACUUACCAGUCGAGAAGGCAGCUGAGUUAGCUUCUUCCGAUCCAGAUUACUCGAUCAGAGAUCUUUACAACGCUAUUGCCAAUCAUGAAUACCCAACUUGGACGUUCUCUAUUCAAAUAAUGACAAUGAGUCAAGCGAAAACUUUCAGAUGGAAUCCAUUCGAUGUGACCAAGGUAUGGCCGCAUGCCGAAUUCCCGCUCAUCCCCGUUGGUAAACUAGUGUUGGACCGAAAUCCCGAAAAUUACUUCACUGACGUUGAGCAAAUAGCCUUCGAUCCGGCUCACAUGGUACCUGGUAUUGAACCAAGUCCCGACAAAAUGCUACAGGGUCGGCUAUUCGCUUACGGUGACACUCACAGGCAUCGUCUUGGCCCGAAUCACCUUCAAUUACCCGUGAACUGCCCGUACAAAACAAUUAUGGCCAUGAAUUAUCAACGCGAUGGCUUCAUGUCACUCUACAAUCAAAAUGGUGCACCAAACUAUUAUCCAAAUAGCUUCAGCGGUCCCGAAGAGUGUCCGGCCGUUCGAUCUCCACCCUUCCCAGUGAGCGGCGACGUAGAUCGGUACGAGCCCGUGAAUGAGGACGACUUUGGGCAGGCGACUUUAUUCUGGAGGAGAGUUCUCGACGCCGACGCGAAGACUAGGUUGGUUAACAAUCUAGUGGGCAGUCUCCGCAACGCAUCGACGUUCAUUAUCGAGAGGGCCGUGAAGAACUUCACUGAGGUGGACGGUGAACUCGGGAGAAGACUCACAGAAGGUCUUCGUAACGCUGGCAUAAAGAUUAAUCUUUGCGGAAAGUCGGCUAGCUUGUGAGAACAACGAUUAAUUUUUGUACCAUAAUCACUUACUUAGAUUACGUGUGCGUACACAGCAUGUAAUUGUUAACAUUUUGCACUGUCACUGUUUUACGUUAAUAAAGAAUAUUAUUCUUUUAAUUAUA